CAGCCGGGGCCGGGCGGCAGCAACAGCAGCACAAGUCAGUCGGUCCUGUGGUACUUCGGAGUUACCACUAGCAGCCAGUAGUACUAGUCGGAGUACUUGUAUGUUCCUGUGCCGUCGUGUGUUACUUUCUGGCCGUUAACGGGAGCUGAGUGUGUCGUCGUUAGUGUGAUGGAACUGGACAAAAUGGACGAGAACGACUGGAAGUAUCACGGAGAGGGGAACAAGAGCCUGGUGGUCUCACACGUACAGCUUUCUAGAGUUCUACGCCUGCUCAAGUAUCCAGCCGAGAACUCUGAAAAUCCACCACAGACGGUGGAACAGGCCUUCCGGCAGAUCCAGAACAUUGUUGACUUCAGCUCCAAUGUGAUGAGCAGCCUGCUGGGAGAGAAGUUCAUCCACAGUGGGGAAGUGGUCAAACUGCCGCUGGAGUUUGUACGACAACUGUCAAUCAAAGUUCAACAUCAAAGACCUGCCUGGCGCUGUGAUAAGGUGAUGGACAUCUACAGCGGCUGUGCUCUCUGUUUGCCCAACCUGACAUCUCCAGCACUCCACCCAUCGACACACACUCCUCCACUCUGCAUCGAGAUCAAGCCUAAAUGUGGUUUCCUGCCGUCCUCCAAACAUGUCAGCAAAGACAUCAAGACCAAAGUGUGUCGCUUCUGCAUGCACCAACACUACAAGGUGGCCAAUGGGAAGUGGAAGAGACGCAGUCUGUACUGUCCUCUAGACCUGUUCUCAGGGAACAGACAGAGAAUGCACUUUGCCAUCAGACACCUGAUAGAAGAACCUCAGAACAACUUCAAAAUCUUCAAGGGCGGUCAGUGUAUCUACAGCAGUAAGGAGGGCAGUGACGACUCCUUGGACCUGAACUCUCUGCUGCAUCAUCUCAGACCGUACUUCCUGUACGGAAACAACCGAAUCAACAGUCACAUGACCAGCAAAGCUGUCCUGAACGACUUCAUCCAGGUCCUGGUGAACGCCCUGCUGAGUGGGGGAGGAGGGGAUGGAGGGGUGGUGACAGACAGACAAGGAGAAGGGCGGAGCUUCUGUGAAGCAAGUUUGUUCAACAAGGAGAGAAUUCGCCACGGCUCUCAGGGUUUACCCAGCGACAGUGUUUUGUUCAGGAUUCUUCAGACUCAGAUGUUGGACACACUGGACAUUGAGGGACUUUACCCUUUGUACCGCCGUGUGGAGCAACACCUGCAGGACUUCCCCAAGGAGAGAACUCGUCUUCAGAUGGACGGGCCGUACAACGAGGCCUUCCUGGAGAAGCUGCAGAAAUGUCCAACUGAGGAUGACGGCUCUGUGGAAUACGCUGUUGCCAAGGUCCAUCAGUACCGCGUUGCCAUGACAGCCAAGGACUGCUCCAUCAUGGUCGCCCUGGUGCCUAGCAGUGAGGAAGAAGAGGACGAUGAAGGUCUCUCCAGUCAGAGGCGGCUCAGGGACUUCCUCUCCUCCAGACCUCCUGCUUUCUCUUACUCAGUCUCCAUUUUGGAUCUGGACCCGAAACCGUUUGACAGCAUCCCCCGCCAGCUGCGCCUGGACCAGAAGAUCGUCUCUUGCUACCUGAGGACUGGUGGAACCUUACCAAAGGGCUCUCUGCCGCCGCUCUCUGGCAUCUUCACAGCUGCAGAGAGAGAGGACUGCACGCUGCUCUUUCACCCUGUGUGAACACCUAACAAGAGCCGGACGACCCUAAGGAUGAAGACUGAUGCCACGCUGAUGCCUCAAACGGAGUCGCCAUGUUGAUGCAGAGGUCGAGAAUCACUUCAGACCAAAGCUGUUGAUGGGAGACUUCCCUGCAGCACUUUGUCUUCACUCAGCUCAUGUCGACAGGUGUCAGCUCUGUCCGCUGCUGCUCAGCAAAUUUAAAAUCUCCAGGAAGUGACCACUCAACCACCAGAUUUGUGAGUGACUUCCAGAUAUUUCUGUUACUGAUCCAAGACUUUUUUUGUGUUGCUGUGGCGACCAACUUCUCACUACUGUCAGGAGGUGAACGCCAACAUCACAGUUCUGUUCUGUCAUAAUUCAUAUUUAUGAGACAGAGUUCGGACUAACCCCUCCGACAGGACUCUUUUUGUGGUUGUCAUGGCAACAGCAUAACUGUUCUCAUUCUCCGUGGCAACACUGCUGACAAUAAAGCUCUGAGAAGAGGAAAGAAGAGAGGAGAAUGAAAAUGAUGCAGAGUAAUGCAGGUCGUGGGCGUAGAUGUACGUAUGAUGUCAUUUCCUGAAUGUAGGCGGGGCCUCAGGUAGAGUCGGCACCGAGGCGAAGCCAAUAUGUUUGUCCAGGUUGAACUGGUGUUCUCUUAAGCGUCACUAUGGUAACAGAAACACUGGUUACCAUAGUUACAGCCACAGAGGAGGGUCUGUGUGAGUCUCAGUUCUCUGCUGGACUCAGAGGAGGUUUUCAGUCCAACUCUUCACACUGAUCAUCUCAUAACUAUUUAAUUAACGAGAGCAGGUGAUGCAGCGUUUGGUUGUGUUGAAAACCUUCAUGAACCAGAACUGAGAGGUGACAGCGAGCAAUGCUUAUCCUCCUCGUUUGUUUUGUUUGACUCCUGUUCAGUUAUUAGCGGCACGUUAACACAUUUUCUCAUCAGGCAUUUUGUGCCGAUUGAAGGUCAAAUGUCUGUGACUUUUUCUUUAUCAGGGACGAGAGUGGAGUGUCGGUAAAGGGUCAGUUUACCCAAAUAAAACAGUUUAUCCUCUUCUCAGCCACAGUAAUUUACAGAUUACACUAUAUACAGUUUUUUUUUUGGGGUGGGGGGGUGGGGGGUGGGGGGGGUAGUUGUAGUAAAAAUAAAAAGAAAUUCAUAACACAUGUUUUUGAAUUUAACUUAGUUAUGUAACAAACUUGGACAAAUAAAAGACAAAAAAAAAAUCAGUCUGCAUGGAGAAGUUCAACUGAAAGAGAAAAACCACACAUUGGCCACUUCAUUAGGUACACUUGUACAAUAGAAUGCAAUCCAGUACAACAGUACAAUCUUAAAUUUUGUCCAUAUCGAAGUUUAAAUGUUCAUUUUCUGUUGAUACUGUCAGAGAGAGGUUUUAUUAUACUGACAGGUAUUUCGUCCACCCCAUUCACAAACAUGAGGGGGGCAGAUCUCAUAAUUCAGUCCAGUACACCAACACCACCAUCUAACACCUCAGUAAUUAGCUUAUAGUUAAAUUUGCACUUGAACAUUAUGAGAUUGCUCAGGGUAACACAGUGACGGGGCCGUUGUAUUGGAUUGCACUAGCUUAUACAGUUGUAGUCUUCUUAGUACUGUGUGUUUAUAGUUAGGUGUUUUGGGUGAACUGACCCUUUAAGGUCCAGCUGGGACCUCUGACCAUGUUGCUCUUGUAGGGUUCUUGAAACAUUUUUGUCCAGCUGCCUUUUUCUGUUCUGACAUAAAACCUCCUUUUGUGUUGAAAAGAAAAAGCACAUUAUUUUAACCUUUACUGUUGUCAGAACAACGUUCAUCGUGUUUUGUUAGAAGCAUUUUAGUAGUGGUCUAACUGGGAAUCCCCACUGGAGGUGAGACAUAAGCGAGACGCGAGUGGAGUGUAAGCGUUCUGUUAUCCAAUCCACACUGACUAGUCUUGCGCUAACCUGCUUUCACCUGGCUGACUGACAGCAGAAGUUCACUGAAGCUGAAAGACAGACUGGGAGCUCAUCGAUUAAAGGAUGUUUGUGUGAUUUUAACAACUACAUGUGCAGAUUCCCUUCACUAAUGUGACACAGAUAGACUUGAAGCGUAACAAAUGCAGAGGAUCAGUGUGGAUUGAUAAAUUUAACAAAUAAUGGACCUAAAAAAGCCUCUAAAAAGCUUUCAGUGGGGAUUGGCCCUAACACUCCAGAUACGUAGCUUUGUAAAGGUACGGUUACAUUAUACUUUGAAUAUCUGCUCCAUCUCCUCUUCACAGUUGAAACUCAAACCAUCAAAACAGCCACGAGUUUGCCGUUUGGUGCGGGCUCACAGGUCAGAGUUCACCAUUGACCUUCUGAUUUCACACCGUCGGCUGAUAGAAACACUGAGGCAGCGUGUCAUCACGCUACCAGACUUCACUGAACAGAAGACUAAUGUGACCGUACACUCGCAGAGCAGGAAGCAGAGCCAGAACAGAGGAUUUUGAAGUGAAGCUUUCUGUCUCUUCAGUUUGAUCUACUGUAGAUCAAUCUGACCCACCAGAGCAAAGGCUGCUGGGUAACAGAGAGCGGUCCUCGUCAGACAGGCCGAGCUUCAUGCUGCUGCUCCGCUGGUUUUUGUGCCAUAAGUGGCUUGUUGUGUGUUUGUCAAUGUGCCUAAAUGUUGUGAUAGGACUGGAGGGUGGUGGUGGUGUGUGUGUGUGUGUGUGUGUGUGUGUGUGUGUGUGUGUGUGUGUGUGUGUGUGUGUGUGUGUGUGUGUGUGUGUGUGUGUGUGU